CUCCUCUCAUAACAGCUAUUCAUGGAUUUCUGUUCCUCGGAGCACUUUCCCCCUUAACUAAUUCUCUCUCUUAAUCUAUGUGACACAUGCACAACAGUCCACAACUAGUCUCAUUUAUGUAUAAAUUGAGCCUCACUUUCCAUCUCUGCUCUUCUACUAAUAUUCUACCAUCCACAUCUUUUUUCUUUUCUUUUUAUUUUUUCUUACAAAAGCCUGCGAAAAACAGAGUAUACAUAUAGCAAGAAUGGAUUGUAUGAGAUUGGACGAGGAGGCCAUCGAGCUGCCGCCCGGGUUCCGAUUCCACCCGAGCGACGAGGAGCUCAUCACUCACUACUUAUCGCAGAAAGUGGUGGACACCAGCUUCAGCCCCAUCGCCAUAGGAGAGGUGGACCUCAAUAAGGUUGAGCCAUGGGAUUUGCCUUGUAAGCGAAAUUGGGGAGAGAAAGAGUGGUAUUUUUUCUGUAUGAGGGAUAGGAAGUAUCCGACCGGUAUGAGGACUAAUAGAGCCACGGAGGCCGGAUACUGGAAGGCCACCGGAAAAGAUAAGGAUAUUUUCCGGGCGAAAUCUUUGGUCGGGAUGAAGAAGACUUUGGUUUUCUAUAGGGGGAGGGCUCCAAAAGGAUUGAAGACUAAUUGGGUUAUGCAUGAAUAUAGAUUGGAGGGGAAGCAUUCCAUGCAUAAUCUCAACAAAUCUGCUAGGAAUGAGUGGGUGAUCUGCAGAAUAUUUAUGAAGACUGCGGGAGGGAAGAAGGUGCAUAUUUCGGGGCUGAUGAGCGGCGGUGCCGAUUCCCAAUCUUCGGAUUUGCCUCCGCUGAUGGAGUUCUCGUCUGACGACAAUCGCCUGAUUACUGCUACUGGCGCGGCGGAGGUAUCUAACGAGACAUGUUUCUCCAACAACCCAUUGGAGAAUAAUUCUCAAGAGAAACUCUUGGAUGAAUUCACUUCUUCCUCGUCAAAGAACCGCGACUUCCCACCCUUCCCAUUCGCUUUCCCUAACGCUUCGCCUCUGAAUUCGUCUUCCUUUCCGCCUCAACUCAUUCCUCGGGCGGAAAACUCGAGCGCCCGGGAUUCUGCUACGAUGCAAGAUCAGUCGGUAAUAAGGCUCUUGUUCGACAACAACGUCCCAAACACGAAAACAGAGUUCGAACAGGGCAUGUCCGGAGUCGGGUUCAAGGCUUAUCAAGAUCAAGAAAUUCCUGUGAUUUCCUCAACCGCGAUAGACCUCGACUGCUUGUGGGAUUACUGAUUUUCAGAAACAUCGAUUUUUUAGAACAUUAGAAGUUGCAAAAAAAAAUCUACGUUAGGGAACAAACAAGUGUUGUUUGAAUGUGGUGAUAGUGAAAAUUACUAACUCGAGAUUGAUUUGUUGUGUCUGUACAUGAUUGUGAACCUUAAUCCUGUGUCAAAAAGGGUUUGUUAGGAAAAAAGAGAAAAUCCAUGUAGUUUGAAUGUGUUGAUUUUUCUUCUUGAUCAUCGUCACCCGCUUUGUUCAAUCAUUGAGUCUUUAUUUAAUAAUUCUUUUCAAA